AUGUCGUCGAGCAAUGCUGGGUCUCGAUCAUUUGGUGACGAAGAUCCUUUUGUCAUUAUGAGUUCAGAUGAGGAUAUUACCGUUACUGCCGCCCCCCAGAAGAAGAAGAAGAACAGGAUCGUGAAGGUGGGUGACAGGGCAAAGGCCAAAAAGGCCAAGACGGAUGCGCCCCCGAGGGAAACUGCCCAACCAAGCGUUGAGACGGUGCCCGUUGCUACUGAGUCCGUGCAAAAAACUGUGCCGGAGACAGGGCCAAGCACAGUUCCUCCCGGGGUAGGAAAAGGAAAGAGCCCUCUCGAGGGAGAGGCUAUAGUCUUGCCCCCCCAACUGUUCGAGGGAGGCCCGACUGUGGCAGUUCAUACCUUCAGCAACCCUCCUUCAAUCGAGUGUCCUAUUCUCGAGGAAUUUGCUGCCCAACUGAAUGAGACUGUCAGCUUGCGGCUGAUGAGCGCAGCUUCAAUGGCCUAUUUAGUGCAGCUGAGGAAACUUCGAGAGGACCUGGCAGCAACAAGAGCAGAAAGGGACGAGGCGUUGUUCGAAGUGGUUACCCUCGAGGAGAAGGUUCGCCAAGCUCAGGCCAAGGAAGCAGAGAUUGUCGAGGUGCAGGCCAAAUACGAAGAGCUCGACGAGAAGAUGAAGGUGUUUGCCAGCCUGCAUAUCUCCAAGGAGGAGCUCCACCAGUGGUGUACCACCUUUAUGUACAGAAUGAUGUCCACAGGCGGAAUGGCGGCAGCUCUCGAGGAGGUGAGCUUGGUUGCCAGCAAGUGUGGUGCGCACCGAGUGAGCGUGGUAGGGCUAAAGAGGCUCGACCAGGAUAGGCCAAUUAAGGCCAAAUGGUUUAAGGAACUCUUGAUGAAGGACCCAAAGAAAACCAUGCACAAGGCCAUAGUGAAGGUCUUGACGAGGUUGAGUCUUGAGCAGCUCCCUCUGUGGGGAGCUUUGACCGGUGCCCUGCCCAAGAUGAGUUCUCCAGCGGAGAUUGCCUCGUUUCCAGGUGACAUCCCUACUGUCAUGGCCAAGGCUUCGAGUGAGGAAGACCCCAUCCCCGAAGUUCCUGACGAGUAUAUGGGCAUCGAGCUCGAGGAUGCUGAUGAGGAAACCGAGGAGGGCGUCGCUGAUACCGGUCACUCCGGAGUUCAGAGAACCGCUGAGGAUGCCUCUCAGGCCCCUUCUAAGGACCCUUCCAAUGAUCCUUCCAAUGAUCCUCCCCUAGGCAGUGAUGCUGCCGAGAUUCAUGACGAGCUGGUGACCAUGGAGAAGGAAAAUGCUCGGCUUAGGGCAAGACAGCAGAUUACUGUGUCUCCCUGGUUUCUUGAGAAACACCAGGUGUUAGCUCAAGUUCAGCACAUGAUUGUGGUUAGGACUCGUCGCUUUAUCGCAUCUAUGGACAUAUUGAAAGAGAGGUCUCGUGAAAUCAAGCUUCUUACAGAUUAUGUUGCUCAACUUCAAAAUCUUCUGCUGGAUAGCAACAUCGACUUCGAGGCUUUCGAGUGUCCGGAGGAGAUAGUAGAUCCUCGGACCCGGAGUUCUCGAGAGGAGUUGUUGAUGAGGGUGCACGCUCAGGAUACAGAGAUCGUGGACCUCAAGGACAAAUUGAAUCAAUGCGUGAAUCUCCUUAGCCUGCAUGGGUAUAAGGGGAUUAUUCAUCCCUCCCCCAACAAUCCCGUCAGGGAGGUGCUUGUAAUAGCGUAG